CUGAGUUAAUAGGGAAUAUCUCAACCUCUAUCUUUCCUAAUUUACUGUAGUUAAACAUACUUGGAUUCUGCUGAUUAGAUGUGUAUUCAUUGGUUUUUGUGAGCAAGAACCUAUGAAUACAUAUCCAGUCAGAAGAAUCUGACUAUAGACAGUUUGGUAUUUCGUCCUAAACUGAGCAAAACCUUUAAUAUCACUAUACAACCGCCAAAACAGACUGAAAGAUGAUAGUUCAGAUCUUCUUGAUAGAACCCUGUCCAUCAGAGUUAAAGACCUUACCAAAUGGCUUCUGGUUUUUUCACAGCAUUGGCUUUUGAGGACUGAUUUGCAGGCCAGGACUAAGUUCAAGAAGGAUACUGCUAUCCGUAUCCAAACUGUGGGGGUUGCUCCCUAAGGUGAAGCUGCGUGCUAACUGCCAUAGAAAAGGACAGUAGACCCAAGUUCAUAUUUUGAUACAGCUCUUAAACACCAGCAGCAUCACCAAUAAUGGGUAACUCCAGGAGUGGUGCCGUGUCUAAGGAGAUCCUAGAGGAACUGAAGCUCAACACCAAGUUCACAGAGACCGAGAUUGUACAGUGGUAUGAGAACUUCAAGAAGCAGUGUCCAUCAGGCCGCAUCAGUAAAGCAGAGUUCCAGGCCAUCUACAAUAAGUUCUUCCCAGAUAGUGACGCCAAUACGUACGCCGAACAUGUCUUCCGCUCCUUUGAUACAAACGAUGACGGCACUCUGGACUUCAAAGAGUACAUCAUCGCUCUCCACAUGACCUCAACUGGUAAAACCAUCAGGAAACUCGAGUGGGCCUUCUCGCUGUUUGACGUGGACAAGAACGGAUACAUCACCAAGUCGGAAGUCAAAGAAAUUUGUUCGGCCAUUUUCAAGAUGAUCCCUACAGAUGAAGUGGACGCGCUGCCUGAAGAUGAAAACACGGCUGAGAAGAGGGCAGAUAAACUCUGGAGGAUAUUUAACAAAAAAGAAAAUGAAAGAGUGGCCGAAGGUGAGUUCGUCCAGGGCGUGUUGGAGAAUGACGACGCCCUUCGUUUGAUUCAGUAUGACCCUUCAAAGUAACUCUUCUUCCACAUGGGUGCAUUAAAUCCUGCUUGAAUUGUGAUUUUAUUCCCACUUAAUCCAUCACUCUGGCAAAAAUGUAUACAGUAACCGUGACAAAAGUCAGCAUCACUGAAAUUAAAUUACAGUUAAAAUAUUCUUUGGGGUUGUAUAAUUUAUACUAUAGAUGACCAAAGUACAUUUCUUUAUUUCAUGAGAUUUAAAAUAUCAUUUGGAAGUGAGACCUGGCCAAGACAGCAGCACCACAGACAAAAUAAUUACAUGAAAACAAUUAAAUUGCAAUGAACAACAAUAAAACAAAAGAUCCCCCCCCCCCCCAAAAAAAACCCCAUAAAAGCCAGAAAUAGUAUUUAAAACAUUCACAGAGAAAACAUGAGUGUUUCCUGAAGUAUUUUUAAAUUUCUUAUGUUUUAAUUUGGAAUAUUCUGAUGAUUAGUGUCAUUUAACAUAGUAUUCACAUUGUGGCAGAUAUUCAAAAUAAUUGUAGAUUUUAUGUUAAAAGCACCAAAUUUUGCACAGACAUUGUUUGAUUAAAAAAAAUACAUACAAUGCCAAGCAAUGUUUUUGGAAGUGUUGUUUUCUUACAUGCUUUAUCCAUUCCAAGUACAGCUACAUUGAUUAAAAAUGUAACUUGGCUAUUUUUUUAAUUAUACAUCAAACAACGUUUUUACCAUAAAACACAAUCAUAAUAAUAUUUUACAUAUUUCUGCCCCUCUAUAAAUCAAACUGUGACUUCUAAACAGCACCUGAAGAGACAUUUGAUAUUUCUAAAUGACUUUCCAGCAGCUCCUGGUUAAUCCCAUGUUUGAUGGAGAGUGGUGUUCUCUACCCCACGUGGACCAGAACCGAUUUUAUGCCAGAAACAGUAACUGUAUGGUAGAAAUGAUACAUUAUUUAAUAUACAUUUCAAUAAUUUAUUUGACUGUAUUGUUUUUGUGGCAUGUUUGAUCUCACAUGUGACAGAAUUAAUAUCUGCUUGCAAAUAAUUAAAUUGUGCAUGUAUGUGUUUUUUUUUAACCUGGUACAAUCUAAAUUGUAAUAGUAAAAAUACAUCAAGAAGCUUUCAAGUUCUUGCCAGAUAAAUUUUGUGUCUGUACUUUAAAAAUUUUUAAGGUGGUUUUGUUCUUGUGCAUGUAUGAUUGUAAACUCUAUCCAACCUAGUUUCUGGGAUUGUAACUGUAUCUGCACCAUUUCUAAUUCUCAUUUUAUGCAUUUUACAUUUGUGUUCAUUAAAUCCAUCCAUGUGGUAAAAUACUACACGCAUGAUGUUCUAAUCAAGCGCUAUGUGUUGCACAGUAGUUUUAUUUCUCUGUGUUGUCUUGGGUUUCAAUAAAAAUAAACCACAAGGUUAUAAUAAAUAUUACACCAUCAGACCUGCAGUUCAAUUAUGAUCAAGUUUGAUAUUGUGUGUUUUCUGCAAUUUUCACAAAGCAUGAAAGGAAGACAACAGCAUGAAGCUGCAUUUCAUUGUGGUGAUCAGUGGUGGGCAAAGUUCAGCUAACACAGUUCAGCUUUUCAGCUAACUUUGAAAACCAUCAGCAGACCAAUUAGCUUCCAUUAAAAUUAGUUCUGCUAAAUUUGAGUCUGCUAACAUUUUUUU